AUGUUUCUGGAAGGACUACAUACAAGUCGAAAUGCUAAAUACGAGUCUGACUCAUUUCGCAUUAUGCUGAGUAAGUUCCAGGACAAACUCGACCCUGAUGCUUUCGUAAGCAGCGACUCGGAAGCAAAAGAAUUCUACUCAAAUGUCUGUUGCAAGAAUAUGGAAGAAUCGUUAGCAAUGUUCCAAAAUGAUGAUCUGAUUGCUCAACCUGGAAAGAAGUUCAGGUAUUAA